UGUCACAUGACGGCACGUUAAAUACACAAAAAAAAAGAGCUAAAUGUUUUGGAUAUUCAAUGUUUUAUUACAGAAUUGUUUAAUUUCUAACUAAUAAUACAUGUAUAUAAGUACCACAAGUAAUAGUAAAGAAUGACACAAUACUGUAUAUAACGCAAGCAAAGUAAAAGAAAAACUAUAAUGAAAUUUACAAGUGAGGUUAGGUAAUGAUAAGGUCCUAUAUACAUAGAGAGACACAACCGGUUUCUCAUGAUAUGAUUGGUCGGCUUUCAACGUGAUUAGUUGAUAUCCACCAUUUUCUCUUUUGUUUAGGCCUCAUUUACCGAUUAUGCAUAUCACUACAUAAAAAUUAUGUUUCCGAAGAAUAUUAAGACAACAUUAUUAUGUGGUCCGAAAAAACUGAGCAAGUCUUUUAUGUUUGAGGCUGCAAUAUAUUGGGCGGAGGAAGGACGACGUGUCGUGUACAUUACGCCAGAGCCACUGGAAAGAUGGCCAGUAACCUGUCACGACAGAAGUAAUCCAACAGUCGCGGCUCUUAAAUUAAUGAGAUUUAUAUAUUUGUCGAAUUAUGAAACUCUUGUGGAACAACUUGUUAAAUUGUACACCUAUGCAGCCGUACCUUCUGUACUUUUGAUAGAUGAUUUGGACAAUUAUCUCAACGACGAAGCUAUCCAAAAUAACUUGAAUGAGCAUAUUUCUAAAACUUGCGCCUUAAUACUCCACUCGAUGAAAUUGUGUUCACGAGUUUUAAAAAUGAACGUACACGUAUGCGUAUGGACCAGUUCGAUUCUUACCAACGAUUUUCUUCAAACGAUGUACUUUCAUAAUAUUUGGAAUUUGACAGAAGAAGAAGAUGGAAAGGUGAUAUUGUUGGAAAAAAAAGUUUUUGUUAAAUCAUCAGAGCGAUUAUACAAGUAUCGCAAAUUCAAAGAUGAAAUGCGGGUUCUCCAACAAAUAUUAUGCGAUUCAGCAGAAGUUUAAUGGCGGGAAAGCGACGAGAGG